AUGACAGCUUUCAGGGUCAUGUGGAAUGAACAUGAGACAAAAGGCCAUGAAUCUACACGAGAUGUCACUGGAUCAUUUGGAGGCACCGUUAUCAACUAUGUCUCUAGCUAUGUCCCAGUUGAAAGCUGUGAAGAGGAAGUUAUACGUCUAAAGAGUGGAAUCCGAGACGCCAUUCGGAGGAAUCCACAUUUCAGAGACUACGGCGACAUUGUCAAGUCGGACUAUCCAGCCUACAGCAUCUCAAAUUCUAGACGCGAGGAGGCUGAGAAGAAAUUCAUAUCAGAUCUAAGAUACAGGGAGAUGGAUAUGAGAGAGGCUACAAUCGCAGAACCAUACGAGGACACUUUUCGAUGGAUCAUGCAAACAGAUGAGGGAAUGACUCUCAUCGAGUCUCAGUUAUACUGGAUCACGGGAAAGGCAGGAUCUGGCAAGUACACGCUCAUGAAGUUCCUCGAUAGACUAGACGGAGAUACCCAUGGGAGCGACCUUUGUAGAAGUUAUCUCAAGACAUGGGCUUCUUCUGCUGACCAACUCGUUCUCGCAAGCUUCUACUUCUGGGCUGCUGGUUCCUCCACCUUAUUCAAGCAAAAUCCCCAGAUCAUCCCCAAAGUUGCGACCUUGGAAUGGGAAGAGUACUGCAUUUUCAACCAGCCCUGGCUCAUCUUUGAAGAUGCUUUCUUGCAAGCGCCAAAUUUGUUAUUGCAGGGCUACACUCGUCCUGAUAUCCUUCACUAUGUAGCCUCGCAGCUCAAUCAAAACGAGGGAUUUGCAAGGCUACAGCGAAGAGAUCCACAGUACGCUGGCGAGCUAAUUGACAACAUUACCAAAGAAUCAUCUGGCGUCUUCCUGUGGAUUCGCCUUGUUGUUAAUUCACUUCUAGCGGGGCUUACCUACGACGAUCGCAUAUCGGACUUGCAAAGGAGGUUAAAUCUCUUGCCACGGGACUUGGAAGCUCUGUAUGUGGCUAUAACAGAAUCUUUGGAUCCCUUUUACUUUGCACAUGCGGCUCAGUACUUCAAGUUCAUGGCAGCAUGUUCUUCGCCACCCAGUGUCCUUUUGUUCUCACUCGCUGAUGAAGAGGGCUCUAAUUUUACCUUGGAGCUCCUAGUCAAGCGUUUCACAAAAGAUGAGGAAGAAAUUCGUAUCGAUACUGCACGUCGACAGAGCAAUAGCAGAUGUAAGGGGUUGUUGGAGAUUGGGUCUGGUGGCAACGUACAGUACCUUCACCGAACUGUCAAAGACUAUCUCAACGGUCCAGAUGUGCAGUCGCGCUUGGACCAAGCGGUAGGAGACUAUGACUGCCAUCUUCAACAUUGUUCAGCAAAUCUCGCCCUCAUCAAAGGGUCAUUAGGAGAAGGAAGAACUAUCAGUCGUUCCAGGCUCUGCAUUCUGGUUAAAUCUUGCGUAGUCGCCGCAUCCAAAGUUAUAGCUGAUAAGUCCUCGAUGAUCCGACUUCUGGAUUGCCUCGGCGAGACUAUUCAGAGAGCAUUGCCAGGGGAUGAAUGUAUUUACAUUCAUAGCCUUCUUCUAGACCAAGAUGAUAUUAGCCCUUGGCUUGAAUUUCUCUAUAGCACUGGCUUCAUUGCUCUAACAGCCCGAUUUGGCGUUGUAGACUAUACUCGUGCCAGAGCGUCCAAAGGUGGCAUGUCUAUUGACACUAACCCGGAUCAUUGUGACCUUAUUCAAUAUCUGCUCAUUGAUGACACAGCAACCAAAGCUUCUUUCUUGAAGAAAUUAUGA